AUGGCAGGAACAUGUAUUACAACUGUUAAGAUUAUCGGGGUCUCUUCUUUGGGAUUACUAACGGCGUCUUUGUCUUAUCAGACAGUGAAGAGAACUCCUAAAUUAAUUGACGAGUUGACUUUCAAAGUCACCACAUUAACUAAUAGUUACAUAUCUAAAAUUAAGGCAAUAGUUUUGAACACUCUGAUCUUGAAUACAACUUUGGCAGGUAUUGCCUCCAGUUUAUUCGCUAUGGCUUUCAAAUGUUCACCUAAGGCAGAGAAACAUCCCUACCUUAUAUAUUCUGCCAUUGGAAGUGCAAUGACGAUCGGAAGUGUUUGGUUCAAAGGAUACAAGAGUGGGAUGUCUUUGUUAAGAAGACCAAAAAUCAAGGCAGUUGCAAAAGCUCAGCCGAUUUCUGAGAAGCCAAAAGCUCGUGACGAUGAAGAGGAAUCUCAACUUAGUAAAUCUUAUAUUCAUGUUUCAGACGAAGAUUCUACUUCCACGACCCCUUCUCCUGUCUCAUCAACUCCAGGAUCACCAAGGAAUCAACCGAUCGCUGAUAAUGAAGCUGAGGAAGCUGCAAUAGAAGAUGAAGUUGAGAAUGCUUUAACUAAAAAGGAAUACAUUAAUGACUUAAAGGAAAUCAAUUCGUCGUAUUUUGUUGGAUCUAUUUUUUCAGGGGUUGCUUUAUUCGUCUCGGUAAUUGGUUUGAUUGGUGACUUCUAUUUCUAA